UUUAGAGCGGCCCUGUUGGUCCUGGUUUCGAAGCUCCGCCUUCGCUCCGGUCUUUCUAGAAACCCAGCUUUGUACUUGGCGGUACCGUACUGGUACUGCCCAGCCACUGCAGGUGUCCGCGGCGUCCCAGACACGUGUGUGUCCCCUAUGGCGGAUACCCCCUCGAACGGCCCCCAAGGGGCGGGCGCAGUGAGCCCAGACCUGUUGUUUUGCAGAACACUCCUCAAAUUGGAGUAGUCCGAUCAUAUUUUUCCCUUCCUGAUGACUAGAUUCAGGUUACACAUUUUUGCAGGAAUAUUAUCAAUUCAUGAUGACCAAUAAACUGGACACAGCGAUGUGGCUUUCUCGCUUGUUCACAGUUUACUGCUCUGCUUUGUUUGUUCUGCCUCUUCUUGGGUUGCAUGAAGCAGCAAGCUUUUACCAGCGGGCUUUGCUGGCAAAUGCUCUUACAAGUGCUCUGAGGCUGCAUCAAAGAUUACCACACUUCCAGUUGAGCAGAGCAUUCCUGGCCCAAGCUUUGUUGGAGGACAGCUGCCACUACCUGCUGUAUUCACUCAUCUUUGUCAAUUCCUACCCUGUUACAAUGAGUAUUUUCCCAGUCUUGUUAUUCUCUUUGCUUCAUGCUGCUACGUACACAAAAAAGGUCCUUGACGCAAAAGGCUCAAAUAGCUUACCUCUGCUGAGAUCUAUGUUGGAUAAAUUAAGUGCUAAUCAACAGAAUAUUCUGAAAUUCAUUGCUUGUAAUGAGAUACUCUUGAUGCCUGCUACAGUUUUUAUGCUUUUUAGUGGUCAAGGAAGUUUGCUCCAGCCUUUUAUAUACUAUAGAUUUCUUACUCUCCGAUAUUCCUCUCGAAGAAAUCCGUAUUGUCGGACCUUGUUUAAUGAAUUGAGGAUUAUUGUCGAACAUAUAAUAAUGAAACCUGCUUGCCCACUGUUUGUGAGAAGACUUUGUCUCCAGAGCAUCGCCUUUAUAAGCAGAUUGGCACCAACAGUUGCGUAGCGUAAUAUCCAGCUAAGUUAAAUAUAAAUAAGCAUUAGUAGCAGCUGAUGCUUCUGCUAGGGAUUGUUAAUUCCAGGUGUGAAACUGACCUCACUCCAAUUUACAUAAAUUCAUCUUAAUGGAACAAUAACAUUUUCCUGGCAUGUUAAAUCAAGCCUUUAUAAAAAAAGUUUCUAAGAAAAUUCUACUGUGUUGUGUUGUUAAUGGUUGAGGAAGUUUGUAUUGUAUCAAAUUUUUUUUAGAUGCUGCUGUGCCUUUAUCAUGUAUGUUUAUUUCUCUUGUAACAAUAGCUCUAAAAUUUGUUUCUGCCUAAUUGGUAACCUGAAUUUAUUUAUAUCUGCCAUUAAUUCUUUAUGGUAACAUUUACAUAUGUGAAUUCAGUAUAUUUUGAGACAGUAUUUUGCCAUUUAUGAAUUUUGGUUGAUUAAGCCACAUUUUCCACUGUAUUUGAUUUCAAAUUGUUAUUAAAUUGAUUUUGUGCUGCUUUGUUAGCAUAGAUUAAUUUUGGAUGUGCUGUUAUAAGAGGAGUUCAAAAUUUUAUUUCCAUUAAUUCUUCUGUAGAUUUGAAUUUUUCUUUUAAAGGCUCAACUGUAAGCUUAUUAGCCAAUGAGGUAAAUAUUUGGGGUCCCCUAACCAUUUAUAUCAGAAAGCAGUAGUCAUACAGCUUUAAGAAACCGUUCUUUUAUAAUGUGGACACAUAGGUUAUUAGUGUUACUAUAGUUCAUAGAAUUACCUAGAUCAAAUUCUUGACUACCGUUUUUCUCAGUUUCUUAUGCUUGACUUUUCAUAAGAGUUGUAGCAGUUCAGGUACCUUUGAAAGGGAUGUAACUGAAGAUUGGUUAUAUGACUAUACUUAGUAUCUCUUCUGAAAUAAUAAUGAAGAUUAUCCUGUACAUUCUUUACCCAUCAAAUCUGAUUUAAAGGUUAAAUGGGAAGGUUUAUAGCUAAGGUAAUUGGGAAUGGUCCCUGAAGAGGAGUUUGGGGGAAAGAGUAUACAUUUCAUAUUUCAUGAUGGACAAAUUUGGGGGAACUAGAUGUAUUAUGCAGCUGUGAGUUGGGUUGUAUAAUAUGUUAAAUCCUGUUUACUGAGCUAUCAGCUCUAAAAAGUUUAUUUUGACCUUUAUUGUUGCAUGAUUAGAAAUGUUUAAAACAUUGUAAAAAUUCUAGUACAGAGUAAUGGAAUGGUUUUUGUAACCAGUUCUCUUCUUUCUGCAUGUAAUUUGGAUUUCUCAAAUACAUUCAUUGGUAACUUAUUAGUAAGAUCAGUUUUCUUUUUGUUCAACUUUCAUUCUGUAGAAAUGUGAUAUCUACUUGAUAGCUCAACCAUAACCAGCUCUUUUUGUAACAUUUUUCUACUAACUUAGAGAAGCAGCCUCAUAAUAGUUGAUUGUGUGUGUGUGUGUGUGUGUGUGUGUGUGUGUGUAUGUCUAGCCUCAUUGUCACUAUAUAUGUAAUCUGAUGUUUUAAGAACUAAAUUUUCUAGAGUAAUAAGUGGCUAUAAUGUUAAGUAAACAGUAUAUUAUUGAUAUCUAAAGAUAUUUUUUAAAAUUUAAGCCUUGAAUUAUAUUGAAAUUUUGGCAGUGAAGGGACAUUUUUAAGUUACUAGGUUUUUUUUGUUUUUGUUUUUACAAAUUUUUAAAUCUUGAGAUAAUUUUAGAUUUAUAGAAGUGACUAAGAAAUUAAUCCUGAAACAAUAUUGCUAACUAAAGUACAGACCUAUUCAGAUUUCA